ACAGCAGACAAUUCCACAGCGAGGAAGCAAAGAAUCAAAACAUUGAACCUUUCUGGCAGUUCGUCCAAGAAAGAGCUUAUGAAAUGUAAAAAAAAAUCGUGAUUUCAAAUGUCUAAAAUACUAAUUGAUAUCAUUUAGACACUUUUUUGUCUGAAUUCUACUUUUUUUUGAUCUAUGGACGAUUGUUAACACCAAAAAAGUGGUUGUUUAUUUUUUUUUUUUUUUUUUUUUUUUUUAUCUCUAACCGUCUCUGCUAACCGACUAGCCGGUUAGCUCCAUGGAAACUAUGGGAUGAACAUGACCAUAUAUAGACCGCACACGGCGUUGCCCCGCCGGUGAACUGCAAAAUCAUCCAGGAGGCUGACACACAGCAGGGAAAACAUGUCAGCGGAUCAGAUUAUAGCCAUCGUGGUGGAUGACAGGACCUACGAGGUGAAUAAAAGGAAGCUGAUCGAGAAAAGCGACUACUUCCGAGCGCUGUACAGCUCCGGGAUGAGGGAGUCCACGGAGGACUCCGUCCAGCUGCACGGGCUGAGCAUCCCGGGCCUGGAGCUCGUCUUGGAGUUCAUCAACACCUCAAACGUCCAGGUGGUCAACGAGACACUGGAGGAUCUGAUCGAGACUGCUUCCUUUCUGCAGGUCACCUCCAUCAUGAAGCUGCUGAGCUCAGAGAUCCGGCCGGAGAACUGCGUUGAACUUUACAGCCUUUCUGAAGUUUAUGGGACCCACGAUCUGAGGAACGCCUGCCUCAAAUACAUGAGCUGUUACUAUCAUCCGAUGCUGCGGCGGCCUGAGUUCCACAGUCUGCCCCCAGCUGUGAGGGAUCAGGUCCGGGAGAUGCGCAUGAAGGGCACCGCCACCCUGGUGGCCAUCGGAGACUUCAAAUGUCUGUCCCUGGAUGUGCCCGAGCAGGACGAACCCUGGUCUAUGCUUCGGUACGGAGAGGUGGAGCAGCGGUGGAAACCUCUGGCCAACAACCUGACCUCAGACAUGAUCAACGUCAGGGGGUUUGGAUCUGCAGUCCUGGAUAACUACCUGUUCAUAGCGGGAGGAUACAGGAUGACAAACCAGGAGAUCUCUGCAGUGCAUUGCUACAACCCCUGCAGGAACGAGUGGAGCCAGGUGGCUCCUCUCAAUCAGAAACGGUCAAACUUUAAGCUGCUUGCUGUGCAGGGGAAGCUGUACGCUGUGGGAGGUCAGUGUCUGGGCACUGUGGAGUGUUACGGCCCUGAGCAGGACUGGUGGACCUGUGUGUCUUCUAUGCCCGACCCUCUGGCUGAGUUCUCAGCCUGUGAGUGUCAGGGUAUGAUCUACGUCAUGGGUGGAUACACUGCAAGAGAUAGAAACACCAGCGUUCUACGGUACUGCCCCACCUCCGACAGCUGGUCGGUGUUCCAGACGUGUCCGGCUCACAUCCGGAAGCAGCAGAUGCUCUCGGUGGAGGACACCAUCUUCCUGGUGGGCGGCUACACCCACGAACUGGAGGCAGGCCGGAGGCAGCGGCGUCCCAGCCAGACAGAGGACGUUCUGACGGUGCAGUCAUACAACGUCUCAACGGGGGAGUGGACCCAUCUGAAGGAGAACACGUCCAAGUCAGGCUUGAACCUGACGUGCACGCUGCACAACGACGGCGUUUACAUCAUGAGCCGGGACAUCGGGCUGCCCACCAGCCUGGAGCACCGCGUCUUUCUGAAAUACAACAUAUUCUCUGACGGCUGGGAGGCCAUCAGACGCUUCCCGGCUUUGGGGCAGAACAUGCUGCUCUGUUCUCUUUACCUCCCCAACACUGUAUGACCAAUGGUCAACUGGGACCAGACCGAAGGAACCAGUGCAGCUUGUUGUGUCUGUGGGAAAUGACAGCGUCUGAAUACACUACAUCAAACACACUACUGUGGAGAUAAGAUUUAGGAUGAUGCACGGAUAAAUAACCUGAUCGGAUCAGACCAAAAACCCACAAACUUCUUCCAGCCAGUUAAAAUAAAACUCUAAGCUCCAAGAUGUCACACUCACAUCUACACUGUGGUUCAAUCAGGAAGAAGAAUCAGAGUGACGUUUCCACUACCUGAAAGAUUUUCAGAAAAUAAAUUCCUAAACAUGUAGGAGGUCAUGCUUCCACAGCAGAGAAACAAACUUCUUGUUCAUUUCAUUGCUUUGCUGUUUUUGGAAAUGAUUUGCUCCCAAAUAAUUACAGGUAUGAAUCAUUUCUGACCAGCUCAUUAAGUUUAAAGAUCAACAAACCUUUACAGGUAAAAUUAUUUUUUUUUUAAAUGAUUUUCUUAAUGAUUUCUCCAACUACAAAAUACGCUGAUGGUCUUAAAAAAAAUCUUCCUGAUAAAAAGUUUGUUUACAAGUAAAAAGUGGGAAUUUGAUGCAACAUCAAACUGAUGUUUACAAUGAUUUCUACUAGCAUAAGACGCUACAGACUGUUUGAAAUAUUACCUUCUUUAUACGGUAGUCUGUCUUGAAAUGGUAAAACCAGGUUUAA